ACCUAAAACAAAUACAUAAAAGAAUUAAAACUUUGGAUUCCAUCGCCUCCAUACCAUUGCUGUUGAUCGUUACCUGCCAUCAGGUUUUUCUCCUUUACACUGGAUUACUGAAAAAGUUUUAAAUUCAUGAUAAACAGCGGAACAUGCCAGAAAAUAAAAUGAAGCAGUCUCAAAUUAUACACAUACAGCAACAAAGUAACGACCGAAUAUUUUAUUACCAUCCACUCGGAACUGAAACUUGGUUGCAGUUACUACUGGCAUUUGUUUCAAUAUUUUUUACUUUCGAUGAGACUAAGCAAUGAGAUGGACAACUUGGUAACGAAUACUCCGAUUGGUCGAAUUGAGUCGAGGAUUGAUAGACUAAAUGGUUAUGCAUGUAUGUAACCAACGUGAAGCUACGAGUGAUGACCAAGUUUGCAUUUGUAAUCACGAUAAAUCACCCAUAACCCCAUACAGUUAACACAGUUCGAUAUAAUUCCGUGCAAUUCCGUGGGUCGUCGACAGUCGUCGACCAGGAAGCAUUUCCUCUUUCGUCCUUUCCAGUCCGUUCUUUUGCGAACCGUCGCCAUCGGCUGCUGAUGCACCUCUGCUGUUUUUGCAUUCUCUUUGAUAACUGGUGGGCUCAAAACAGAUUAUUUGGUGGUUGGAGUCCGGUAAUUUGUACUUUGCAAUGUGUCGCGUUCCUUUCGGUCUCUAUUGGUCCCCCCCCCCCAUUUUUUACCUUGCAACGAGGUGACCACGUGUAUUCACCAUAAGAUAAAAUUAAUAACUCAAAAGUUUAUUAGACCUGUCAAAUUUAUUCCGUUUUUAAUAAAUUUGAAAAUUUUUAUCUGAGGAAAAUUAUUGCUCGCUUGAAAAGGUAUAAAGAAUUCAUUGGAAGGUCAAUUUCGUUUUCACUUAUUUUAAUAUACAUGACCAUGUUGAUGUUAUUUAUAUAUUAUUAUAUUUUUAUAUUCAAAGAGGGAAAGAACCGUAAAUAAAAUAAGAUCGGAACAGCAAUCGAGGCUAUGUUGUAAGUUGUCUAAUUUUAUCCAGUGAUCCAGCCUGAAAUCUUGUUUUUGUCGUUGAAAACUGCUCUUUUUGUGAUCACGUUCUUGAAAAAUUCGUUACUGGUCUUGAAUGAAAAUGAACGUUGAAACUCUUGUAAAAAAAAAAGGCCGAAAGAAAGGUUGGUGCGUUAAUGUUGGUCAGUGAAGGUUCAACCACGAGGAGCAACACGGGGGCAACAGGCUGUCGUAACAGAUAAGGUGUAUCGUAGAAUUGCGAUUGGCCGCCGUUCGCCGGGAAGUGUUUCGGUUGGUCGGGUUCUUUUAGACAGAUAUGCGUUGCACCAAUCGAAACGCGAAUCUCCGGCCGCGACUACCCAUGAUCACCCAUAAUUCCACGGGCCGUUAAGAGUUGGAGCGUUUCUUGUUUCGUCUCGCCACCGACGCUUCGCGACGUUCCUCGUUCUUUUUCCGGUUUUUCGAUUCUGUAAUCGGUCGUUGGGUUGACUCAAAGAAAAGUCUUUGCGAGUUAAGAUCGGCGGCAUAAGGUCUCAAGAACUACGGUAAAGAUGAGCGACCGACCACCGAUGAAGAAAAGCAUGGGGCGGGGUAAAACUCAGCGUGAGCAGCAGGCCCCGCCUUCGACGUCCCAAGGAGCGUUUAGUCGUCAAGCUUCAAGUUCUACGACUUCUACCAGGCCGAGCACGUCCCAUCACCAGGUACCCUAUGCAAGGCCAUCUCAGCCAACUCGACAGAGUAUGGCACGUGGUACUCAGCGGCCCAGUUCCAGGGGAGAUUCUGGACCCGGGGAAGCCAAACCAGAUCCCAUGGAUACUACUCCAAUUGGUGGUGGUGGAGAAGCAGGUUCUCUGGGUCGAGGUUCCUUGAGAGGACGUAGAGUACUACCAUCGGAUCUCUUAGUCACUCGUCCAAGGGACUUGAAAACGAAGAAGGGGAUGUCUGGUAGACCAGUGAAACUUCAAGCCAAUUACUUUAAGCUGCUCACCACAACCAACUGGUGCAUUUUUCAAUAUCGAGUGGACUUUUCUCCAGAAGAGGUUAGAACGGUAGUUCGAAAAGGUCUCCUAAAAAUUCAUAGCAAAAGUAUCGGAGCAUACAUUUUUGAUGGAACUGUUUUAUAUUGUAGCCAUCGCCUUCCCCAGCCAAUGGAAUUGUUCUCUAAAAGAGAAUCCGACCAGGAAAAAAUUCGAAUAACCAUUCGUCUUGUUGGAGAUAUGGUCAGGGGUGACCACCAUUACCUACAAUUUUUCAAUAUAAUUAUGAGAAAAUGCCUAGGCUUUUUGAAUCUGCAACUUGUUGGGCGUGAUUAUUACGAUGCCCGAAAUAAGGUUGAAAUUCGAGAGUAUAGUAUGGAGUUGUGGCCUGGCUACGUAACUUCGAUCAGGCAGUAUGAAGCUGACAUCCUUAUGUGUGCCGAGAUCUCACAUAAAGUGAUGCGCAGGGAAACCAUUCUCAAUAUCUUGGAUGAGUGCUAUCGCAAGGAUGGACAGAACUAUCGAAAAAUUUUUGAAGAGCAAGUGAUAGGCCUUGUAAUCUUAACCGAUUACAAUAACAAUACCUAUCGCAUCGACGACGUGGAUCAUGCCGUAACUCCCACCUCAACCUUCCAGUUACGCACCGGUGACCAAAUAACGUAUAAGGAUUACUACAAAAACAAAUACAACAUUCAGAUAAGGCAGGAUACUCAACCCAUGCUUGUGUCACGGUCUAAGCCUAGAGACCGGAGAGCUGGGCAAGCGGAACUGAUUUAUCUUGUUCCUGAACUAUGCAGAGCUACAGGGAUCACCGAUGAAAUGCGAAAUAAUUAUCGCCUAAUGGCAGCGCUUGCCCAACACACACGGGUGUCGCCUCAAUCACGAAUCCAGAAGCUGCUAUCGUUUAACCAACGUCUGAACAGUGAGCCCAGUAUCGUUCAAGAGUUAAAGGAGUGGAAUCUGACUCUGGACCGGAAGCUCGUCGAUGUGCAGGGUCGUGUUCUACCACCAGAGAAGAUCUUGUUUGCCAAUGGACGGUCGAUAUCAGCCGGAGAGAAUGCCGACUGGACCAAGUCCCUCAGGAGUUCCCCGGGUCUGAUCAACGGCAAACUGAAGGACUGGGUGGUGAUCGUCAUGAGCCGCUUCCGUCGCGACGCCGAGUAUUUUAUGUCGAACAUGAUGAAAGCGAGCGGCGACAUGAACAUCUCCAUGGAGCGUCCCCACUACUGCGAAAUUCCAGACGAUCGCUCUGGAACGUAUACCCAAUGCAUCGAGAAGAUCAUGAGCAGCUCAAGGCCACAGCUAAUCUUCUGUGUAGUCUCGAACAACCGUCUAGACCGGUACUCGGCCAUCAAGAAGAAGUGCUGCGUCGACAGACCAGUUCCGACGCAGGUAUUCCUAACGAAGACCUUCUCUAACAAGAACCCGAUGUCGAUCGUCACCAAAGUGGCCGUACAAAUAAAUUGCAAGAUCGGCGGCGCUCCUUGGACCGUCGAGGUGCCCCUGUCGGGCCUGAUGGUCGUAGGCUUCGACGUGUGUCACGACACGAGCUCGAAGCAACGAGAUUUCGGUGCUAUGGUGGCAUCUUUGGAUAAAUCGUUCUGCCGUUACUUCAGCGCCGUAUCCGCCCAUUCGACCGGCGAGGAGUUAUCGAACGACCUUUCGGUGAAUCUGUGCAAAGCGCUGCACGUGUACAGGGAGUACAACAACGCUUUACCUCAACGUAUCGUCAUCUACCGGGAUGGGGUAGGUGAAGGCCAGAUACCCUACGUCUUCGAACACGAGGUCGAACAGCUUAAGCAGAAGCUCGCCGGGGUGUACGGCACCGCGCCCGUUAGGAUGGCAUUCAUCCUCGUGACGAAGAAAAUCAACACGCGGCUCUUUAAAAUGCCCGGGGACAACCCCGAUCCUGGUACCGUUGUCGAUGAUGUCGUAACGAACCCCGUCAAGUACGACUUCUUCGUAGUGUCGCAGUUGGUGCGACAGGGGACUGUCUCGCCUGCGGCUUACAGUAUCAUUUCCGACAAUGUCGGUCUCGACGCGGAUAAACUGCAGAGGCUGACGUUUAAACUGACCCACAUGUAUUACAACUGGAGUGGAACCGUUAGGGUACCCGCACCCUGUCAAUACGCUCAUAAGCUUGCCUUCCUUGUAGGUCAAGCGAUCCAUGUACCGCCCAGCUCGCAUCUCGAAACUCUCCUUUAUUUCUUGUAGGGUUUUGGGAGCGUUGUCACUUCGAUUAUUCAUUUUUCCCUUUCCCUAUUUACUCGAGUCGUGGGUCUGGGCACUUGUGCGCGUCUCUUUCUCGAGGCCGAUUCAAGGCCAACUUGUUCCCACGCCACGGAGUGCCUUGAAGUAUUUUUUUAUUAUUUUUUUUUCAUUAAGACAUUUCAUAGAUUUAGGUAGAUUUAAGACUGGGCACGCAAUAAGCUUAAACCCUUGGAAUAACCACUGACUCGAAACAGGAUUUUUGAAGUCAAAAAACGAGUAGAUGGGUUUUUAUUAGUUUUCCUCUAUUGCUUCUUUUCUUUUCUUUUUUUUUUUUUGUAACGGAAAUUAUUAAUUGAAGUGACGGGUGUACAGCUUGCGAAGCAUUUUUAUCAUAUAAUUAAGAAGUCUCCUAAGGGAAACUGCUUGCUGUCCUUAAAGAUAAUUUUUAUUUUCUUGGAAUCUAGUGACUUUUUUUGCCUAAGAGUUUUAGUUUCUAGUUUUGAAGUUACUGACAAGACGGAUAUGUGAUAUGGCGAUAACGCUUCCUACUGCCUUAGAAAUGCGAAGCGCAUUUCAUGUGUUACAUUUCACUUACCGAGUGAUUUUCAUAGGAAGACUGAACUUUGUCGAUUCUUAGAAAAUGUUACCAAUGGUUGAAAAGUUUCGGGCUUGAAAGAAGUUUUCAUUUCCUGUAGUACAAAUUUAUUGAGUAUAUUAUUUUAAUUUUCAUAUGAUUCGCAAAGUACACUUUUUGUUUAUUUCUGCCGAAAAGACGGUUUUACGAAAUCGUACGCAAACCCGAGAAAGAUAUUUGAAAAAAUCGAGUAACAAAAGAACGUGAUCUUACGAGUUUCAACUAAAUUUUCCUGUUGGUGUAUUUUGACAUACAUUUAAACAAAGUUAAUACUAAUUUCAAUUAAUCGGUUAGGUUUUUAUAUGAUUUAUACGCGCGCGCCACCAACCCUUUCUCUCUUAUCUAUAUAUAUAGAUAAAUAAGAUAGGAAAUUAUUUCGAGCUUGGAAAGAGAAGAAAAGAAAUAUUUCUUCCAGUUCCUGGCCGAUGCCAAAGAUGUACAAAACAGAAUAAUGAACGUAUAUCUUUAAGUACUUUGUCGUUUCUUAGUUUGGAUUGUACCGAAAAGUAGGGAAAAAAAAAAAAUUUCCCGACCAAUGCCACAUAAUCCUCUCUAACAUAUUUAACAAGUAUUGUUUCUAACUCUAAAUAUCAAAAGUAUUUAUAAAUAAGGUUCUCAUUGAAAAGUACACUUGAAUCUUUAUAAGUUACAUAUUUCUCGGUGUCCUUAAUUCGCAUAUUAAAUACGUAAGAUUAGGAAAUGUUCGGAAAAUAACUAUGCAUUUAUUGAAUUACAUUAUUGGCAUGAGUUCACAGAAGCAUUGGUUUUGAGAUAGGAGUAACAAAUGGUAUUCAAUUUCGGAUAGUUUUGAUAAAUUAAUAUAUAUAUAUAUAUAAAGCCUUAAGAUUAACGCCAUUGCCGCAGGACGACGAUUACAAAUGGUAACCGAACUACUUUUUACGUACACGCAGUGUACAUUUACACGAUACAUUUUCUCCUAAGAAACAAGGCAUUGAUGUGAUAGUUUUUGUUGUUGUUGUUAUUAUAGUAAAACAGUAUUGUACGCGAUAAGAGAGGAUCGUUUCUAAGGCAAGAAAUCCACAAUGACUUGGCACCAAAAAAAUUUGUGAAGGCUUCCAUGAUACAUCCAUUUCGGUCACGUACGAUGCAUAUUUAAUUCGCACCUUGAGGGUGCUUAAAGAUUCCCCGGUAUCGUGCUCUUGACCGUUAAAGAUCAUAAGGGAAUUAAUGACCCUAUUAACGUACAGUACUAAAAACAAGUAAUAAAAAAAA